UCCAAAAUCAAAACAAACCGAAAAUCUGAAGCUAGCUAAUAAGCUAGCUAAAGCCAGUAAAACGACACGGAAAGUUUUUUGAAAGCUUGCUAAUUCCACAGAGAAACAAAGAAACCAUUAUGUAAGUCAGAUGUUGAUCCGUCUUCAAUAAAAUAUCCGUUACUUUGAACAUUUUGCUAAUAUCUUAGCUAGCUGUAGAAAAUGCCUUACUGGAUCUGCUGUAACUCCUGCUUCAACCUCCCUGGUCCUGACUGCCAACUAGCUGUUGCCAGCUGUGGUCAUGUCAUCUGCAACAUGUGUUUUCAGAAAGGCAAACAAGGGGAAUGCAUGAUAUGUAAAGCAAAAUGUCAAGUUACUCCUCUCUCAGACAAAAGUAGUGCAGAAGUGAAGGCCCUCUUCUCUGACAUCAAUUCUGUUGCAACCAAACACUUCACAGAGAUAAGCAAGGUGUUACUAUUCCAGGCUAGGCACCAAAAGAGGCUGUUGGUGCAUUACCAGAAGAGGAAUGAAAAGUUAGAAGAAGUUUUACUCAAGAUGAAGCAAAAAAUUCAGCAAAUGUCCAAAACAAUUACAGCGCAGAAUGCAUAUAUUGUCAAGCUGGAGAGCACUCUUCAGCAUCAAAGGUAUUUAUCUUUAUAGGUGUUACUGCUUUCUACUCACAAGGUGUCACUAUUGUCAGCUUUGUUUCUCAAACAUGAGACCAUGGAGGGGACUAAUUUGUUAUCAACAUAUUGUUUAUUCAGAUUAACCCGUUAGUAUUAAUGGCACCUUGUGACUCUCUGCUGCUCUCUCCCUCCCUCCGCUGACACUAAUGUCGUGUUCAAAACAACUGGGAACUCGGAAAUCUCUGACUUCCGACUUCAGUGCGUUCAAGACAACUGGGAAAUUAGAAAAAAACGAGAUCCGACUGGGAAAAGUAAUUUUGAACU